UUUCCAAAACAUAUAAAACCCAGACACUACAUGGCAUUACGAAUAUGCUUAAGAAAAGUUAUUAUUUGUAUUGAAGAAGAACGACUUGACGAAGGCUCGCAUAAAAACAAAUGGUCUGAAUAUGUUGAGGAUCUAUGGUCAGAAGAAAAACUAGAGCACCUGAGAGAAAUGGCAACUGAAAUUGAUUACACUCAAGUUUAUGAUCCAGUCAAAGGUGCAUAUGGCUUUGAUGAUGAGGAAAUCAUAGCAGAAGAAAGCAUUAUGACUGAAGAAAAUGAUAGCAUGCCUGAAGUGUCACAAGAUUCUCCAAAGUUAAGCAGACCUGAGAAUGUUAGUGAAGAAGCUCCACCUGCAGCUCAAACCAGUGAUCAUGACCUUAGUGCUGCAGCUGAAAAAGUUACUUCUACAGAUGUAUCGGACUAUCUUCGCUCCCUGAAAUUAAAUCAAUACAUUGAGGAGUUUAUGGAAAUGGAAAUUGAUGGUAUUGCUUUGUUUGAUAUUGAUGAUGAAACCUUGGAAACACUGGGUGUGGACACAAAGAAAGACAGGCUUAAAAUAAAGACCCGGUUUAAGCAAUGGUUAAGAAAAAAGCCUGUGUAGAUCUAGUAUACUGGUAAUUUACAUCCAUAAUUAUUGUAGUUUGUAGUGACUUUGCUGAUUUAAACUAGCUAGACUAAUUAAUACAAUAUUUUUAUAGAUUUGAGUGGAACUUUUUUGUGCUGAACUAUUUAAAAAUUGCAAUGUUUAGUCAGAUUUAAUAGUAAAUUUUAUGAUUUUAAUAAUUAUUAGAAUUUUUGCACAAAUUUUAUUAUGCCAACAACUGAUAUGCAUGAAAAUGGAAGAUGAAAAACCACUGACAACAUUGCAGUAAUAGAGAACUAAUUCUUCUUUUUAGAUUCAUUUUCACUGAACU